AUGGGGGUCCGUGAUGCAAUUGGCGAUGUCAAGGAUGAGUUGAUAAGUAUGCAAUCUUUUUUAGUAGAUGCUGAUAAGAAGGGAACAAUCAAUGAAGGAGAGAAAACUUGGGUGGCAAAUGUGAGAGACUUGGCAAAUGAGGUUGAAGAUGUUAUUGAUCAGUUCAUGUAUCACAUCAUUAGCCAACAAACUGGAGGUCGAUCUGCCAGAGAAAUGGUGUUAAUCAAUAAUUAUAUAGAGGGUACAAGUUCUAAAGAUAAUCAUAAAUGGAUCGUGCGUCGUAGUGAAUCUUCUUUGUUUCUUAAAGAAAAUGAACUUGUGGGGAUUGAAAAUAAAAGGCAAUUGAUAAUGGGUUGGUUCAUGGAUGGAGAACCACAUCAGACUGUCAUUUCGAUAGUCGGGAUGGGAGGUUCAGGCAAGACCACACUAGUUGCCAACACCUACAACAAUGAUGAUGAAGCAAGCAAAUCUAGUAGACUUGAGUUCCAUGAACUACAGAUUAUUAGUAAAAACACUGGUGAACUAUUUAGAGAAGAAAUGUAUCUACUUGUCCUAGAUGAUAUUUGGGACACAAACGUGUUGGAUGAAAUAAAAGUAUUACUUCAAGAUAGCUGUCUUGGGAGUAGAAUCAUCCUUACAACUCGAAAGGAAGAUGUAGCUUGCUAUCAUUUGGGGGGUAAACAUCACAUUCAUCAUAUUCAACUCCUGCAAAAGGAAGAGGCUUGGGAACUCUUUUGCAAGAAAGCAUUCUCAAGCAGUCCCAAUGGAAGUUGUCCUUGGGAGUUUAAAUCUUUUGCUCAAACACUUGUGGGAAAAUGUGAAGGCCUACCUCUUGCAAUUACAGCUUCGGGAAGUCUUAUGUACUCCAAGAAUUUGUCUCAAUGGAACAAAAUUUACAGCAACUUGAAUUGGAGUCUAAGUAAAAAUCCCAAGCUAGAAGCAGUGAACAAGAUUUUGUUGCUUAGUUUCAAUGAUUUACCAUAUCAUUUGAAGCAUUGUUUCUUGUAUUGCUCCCUUUUCCCAGAAGAUCAUGGGAUUUGA